AUGAGCGACACUCAACCCUAUGUGAGGGAGGAAAAAUCUCCCGGAUUGGGCACGGUCGCUGCUGGCGAUGGAUUGACUAGCGUGCAGAGCCCCACUAAGGCUGGGGAAAGAACCGGUCUGGCGGAUCUAGACGGCAUCAAGCGCAACUGGACCCUUCGCAGUCUAAUCGUCAUCUGGAUCUCCGCUGGUCUGAUGAGUUUUGUCGUCAACUUGAAUAACCAGUCAUCCUCUACUUUUGCGCCUUAUGCGGUGAGCGGGUUUAGCUCUGCCCCAUUGGUGGGCACAAUUGCUGUUGUACAAGCUGUCAUUGCAUCAGCAUGUCUGCAGCCUCUUGCGAGAUUUGCCGAUCUAUACGGGCGCCUGGAAAUGUUCCUAUUUUGCAUAGUGAUGGCAACAAUUGGGGAGAUCAUGCUUUCCUCCUCGGCGAAUGUAGGCGUCUACGCUGGAGCGCAAGUAUUUUGGGUCAUCGGACUUCAGGGAAUCUUAUUAAUGCUUCAGAUCAUUGCGGGCGAUUCGAGCGAUCUUCACAACCGUGCGAUUAUGAAUGCGAUCCCGUAUGCGCCGUCAUUCAUCACCGCCUGGAUCGCUGGUCCCUUCGCAGCGUCUGUGCUUAAAACCUCAUGGAGAUGGGGCUUUGGAAUCUUCGCGAUCCUCGUUCCCGUCAUUGGGACUCCCCUUUCGUUAGCUCUUUUCCACAGCAAACGGAAGGCAACAAAACAGCAAAAGUCUCAAGGAACCUACCAGCGUCGCGAUCAUCUUGCGAAUAUCAAACAACUAGAUCUCAUCGGUCUAAUUCUGUUUGCAGCCGGGCUCUCCCUUGUGCUUGUGCCUAUCACGCUAGCGGCGAAGACAGCAAACACAUGGAAAGCCCCGCAUAUUAUUGCUAUGAUAGUGGUAGGCUGUGUCAGCUUUAUUGCAUUUGUCGUGUGGGAGACCAUGUGGGCUCCCUGGCCCAUGAUGUCCAUGAGGCUAUUCAAGAGCCGCACCGUAAUUUUCGGCAUAGCAGCUUCAUUGAUUGAUUAUACGGCACUCUAUCUUCUCCAGGACUAUAUCGUGACAUAUGAGCUGGUUGCCGCUGAACUUUCCGUCAAAGCAGCUACGAACAUCGCCAUUCUCAUUCCCUUUGCUGCUGUUCCUGGACAAUUUGCAUCGGCUUUCCUUGUCAAGUAUACGAAGCGGUAUAAGUGGAUCACAGUCUCUGGAUAUGCACUGAACCUUCUCGGACUUGGGUUAUCAUACAAGUAUAUCAAUGGACAUGACCACUUGGGUGCUCUGGUUGUCUCCCAGUUGAUCCUCGGCUUUGGAGAGGGAAUCAUCAAUACUAUGCAGCUCGGCAUGCAAGCAGCCGUGAACCAGGAUGACAUGGCCGCAGUCACUGCCUUGUUCACUGCAUCAAUUGGAGUAGGCAGUGCCUUUGGUGGAGCGGUGGCAGGAGGAGUAUGGACUGCCAUUCUUCCUCGAAGACUUCGCGAAUACCUUCCCACCGAUGCGCUAGCUGACCUGGCAGAGAUUGACGGGUCCAUCGAAGUUGCAGCAGGGUAUCCCUGGGGCUCACCGACUCGAAAUGCUAUCAACCACUCAUACACGAGCACAUUCCGGUUGAUGCUACUGAUCGCAGUCAUCCUCGAGGUCUUCGCGUUGAUCUGUGCACUCCUCAUUCAGGAUCUCAAUGUUAAGGAAGUGGACGAUUCGCGGGAGUACAAGGGUAUCGUGAUUGGAAAGACGGGCGCGAUUGAUACGCUGAAGGAGAAGAUUCAUGCUAAGCGGGAUGAGAACCCUAGCGGAGUUGUUUCUACCGAUGUUACACGGGAGAUUUAG